GUGACGCCUGGCAGCAAAGCCUCACUGGCUAACCUGUGCCCCGGUGACAUCAUCCUGGCCAUAGAGGGUGUGAGUACAGAGUGCAUGACUCACAGCGAGGCCCAGAACAAGAUCAAAGACCCUGCCUCCCAGCUCGGCCUCAAGAUUGAGAGGUAGGUGAGCAAGCAGAAUGACUGGUGUCCCAAAUGGCACCCUAUUUCCUUUGUAGUGCACUACGUUGGGCCCAGGUCAAAAUAGGGCCCUGGUCAAAAGUAGAGCACUAUAUAGGGAAUAGGGUGCCAUUUGGGAUGAAACCUGGUAAUAAGAUGGUAACACAAGUACAAGGACACCAGGCAUCUAUGCUUAACUUUUAUUUACAGUAGUGUACACAUGAAAGAUAGAUACACACCACACGAUGUUGAACACUAGCAGUUAUGACAUUUUCUUCCUUUCAAGCUUUUUUAUUAGGAUCCCCAUUAGCAGACGCCAAUGGAGACAGCUAGUCUUAUUGGGAUCCCACAUAUAACGAAAAAUACAUUACAGACAGAAGACUUUAUAAUUUACAUACAUUUAAAAAGAAAAAGAUGAACAUGUAGUGUGUGUGUGUGCGUCUAUCAGUUACACACAUGUCAGUACAUACACACAACAAGCUAACAGAAAUAAAAAGCAAAUCAAAUCACAUUUGAUUUGUCACAUACGGGUGUAGACUUUACCGUGAAAUGAUUGCUUACAAGCCCUUCCCAACGAUGCAGAGUGGCUGAGCUAUGGUGAACUUGUUAGGCCUUUAUGAGUGGUUGCCGUGCGCACAGCGCUCAGUCAAAAUGCCAGGGCUGCAUUCCAUCUCUUUGAUUCAUAACCUCAUGAAACUGUAUGAGAGUCUCGAGUGGGGUCAGAGAUGCUCGAGCCGCUGAUGUAAAUUACGAGUGCAGCAAGGUCAUGGUUGGGCCAAAAUGCUAAGCAGCCUGCCUGUCUGGCUAAGGUUUGAUCUUAAUUUAUUAUUUAAUGGAUGGAAGGAAGGAAGGAAGGAAGGAAGGAAGGAAGGAAGGAAGGAAGGAAGGAAGGAAGGAAGGAAGGAAGGAAGGAAGGAAGGAAGGAAGGAAGGAAGGAAGGAAGGAAGGAAGGAAGGAAGGAAGGAAGGAAGGAAGGAAGGAAGGAAGGAAGGAAGGCUGCUGUACAUCUGGGCUUGACUGAUAGUGGACUCUCUCUCUCUAUGUUGCAGGCCUGAGACCAAACUGUGGUCACCCCAAGUCACAGAGGAUGGGAAAGCAAACCCAUUCAAGCUCAAUUUAGAGGCAGAACAGCAAGUAAGUAGUCUAAGACAUAAAUGGUUUAGGUUAAGGACUGCAUUCCGAUUCAGAUAAGUCCCUCUACUGGUGUUUGUGUGGUUGUGUCCAGUUACAGCAUAGCUUGUAUUCAAUUCAAUUUAAUUCAAUUGUCCCCUUCGGGCAAUUCUAGGGUUAUAGCGGUUCUUCAGACACAGACAUUAUAGCUUGUAUAGCUUCGACCACUGCAUGCAGUGUGUGGACAGUAUAUCUUGUAUAUCUUUGUGUACAGCAUAGCUUGUAUGGCUGCAUGCAGUGUGUGUCUCUGUCUGGCUCCACAUGUAGGAGUUGAAACCUAUCGGUACAGGUCACAACCGACGCGCCCAGCCCUUCAUGGCUGCGGCCACCAUAGACAACGGACGCCAGGUGGUGAGUUCCUCCUACAACACCCCCAUAGGCCUCUACUCCUCAGGCAACAUCCAGGAUGCCCUGCACGGACAGCUCCCAGGCCUUGUUCACAAUAAGCAUGAGGGGUGAGUAAGAGCCAGCCUGGUCCGGACCCCCUUCCUGAUGCCUGUGGACCCCACCUCUCCCCUCCUCCACCUGGUGUAACUCAUCCUGCCUCUCCUGCUUCUCCUCUCCUCCCUGGCUGCUCCUCUCUCCUCUCUAACUCCUCUUCUGCCUCACCCUCUUCUGUCUUUUACAGGACCUGGGCUACUUCGAACACAAGUUUAAUGUCAGGCCAAAGCUCUUCUUACCUGCAGGCCAAAGCAGGUCACUAGUCUCCCUACUGAUGCAGUAAUACCGUAGUCUGUUUUAUUCAGUCACAGAUUAAAUGAUCUCAUACUUACUGAUUGGAAUAUUUCUAUAUAGCUGCUAUAACUCAUCUUCCAUCUUUUCUAUUCUUUACUGUGUUGUUCUGUCUCUUCUUCCUUGCCCCACCUCUGGCUUUGCUAUCACUGACCUCCGCCCUCAGCGAGUGCCCUCCUCCGCAAGGCCUGAUGGGAAAUGGCCAUCAGACAGUGGUCACCCUCUUCCCCCCUGACCCUCCUCUGUCUGCUAACCCCGGCACAGACCAACCCCUGGGCCCCAGUGCUCAGUAUAACUCCCCUAUUAACCUGUACUCUGAGGCCAACGUCUCGGCCGCUCAGCAGCUUGCUCAGAUCACCUCACUAGAGGAACAGGUCCAUUUAAGGUAAUCAUAGGUAUGUGUGUGUGUGUGUGUGUGUGUGUGUGUGUGUGUGUGUGUGUGUGUGUGUGUGUGUGUGUUUGCUAUUCCUUAGUUACAAAUGGAACCACCUCUGCUUACAUUUCCAGAAAAUUAUAUUAUGGUGAAAGCCAGAGGAUUUCCAGAAAAAGGUACCAUAUGGUAACAUUCUAUCUCCUCUCCCUCUUGCAUUCUAGUGGUAAGACACUGUCCUCCAUCAAGGAGUCUCAUGUGUACCGGAUGCUCCAGGAUGACCAGGAGAGGCCACAUGAACCGCGUCAGUCAGGCUCCUUUAAGGCUCUGCAGGAACACGUGGAGACUGAUGGUGAGAUAAAUCCAAGCACACAGGUUGGGUAGAAACAGAUUACAUGUAACGGGGAUUGACACUUUCACACAGCAGUAAACAAAUGUUUUGUGCGUUAAUAGGAGUAAAGCCAUUGAUUACUAGGAGUGUCAGAGCUCCAGUGACAAGGCCUCCUCCACCGGCGGGAUCGCUACAGAAACUACCCCUCUGUGACAAGUGUGGAAACGGCAUAGUGUGAGUACCCACUAUCCAGACUGACUGAUAGGAAAUAAGGUACUGGAGUGUCAUGGUGCUGCCCUCUCCCAAUGACCCGUCUGAUCCUGCCCCCGCCCAAUGACCCGUCUGAUCCUACCCUCUCUCAAUGACCUGUCUGAUCCUACCCUCUUCAUGUUCCGGAUAAUGACUAAACCAAAAAGAAUGUAUUAAUAAACCACUAAGGACCUCCACUAAAUUAUACACAUGUGAACAGGAAGGUAAUGAGAAACCAUGGCAGGAAUGUUUUUGCGGCAAGGAAACACAAGAUGACAGUGUCAACCUUGCCAAAUCUGUCCUCUCUCAUCUUUUGGUUUUGGGGGAUGAAAGUAAGAAGUACAUGAAAUGAUUGAGUAAGAGAAUAUACCUGCCUCAGAUACUUUUGAUGUGGUGGGGCACAUCUGCUGUUGGAUAAGACCAAGGUCUAAGUGGGGUAUGAUUAGCGCUAUGAUGGUUUUGGAUCCAUAAAUCUAUCUGGAUGGCAAAGUAUAACAUCCUGCCUAGGCUAAUUGCGCAAAGUGCAUAAUAACAAUAAUUUUGAGCAUUGGGAGGAAGUGUCUGGUAGACAAGAUUAGGCAAAGUAAGACAGUAAUCUCUCUUGUCCCCUGCUCCCCUGCUCCCAAAGUAAGACAGUCAAAUCUCUCUUGUCCCCUGCUCCCAAAGUAAGACAGUUAACUCUCUCUUGUCCCCUGCUCCCAAAGUAAGACAGUUAACUCUCUCUUGUCCCCUGCUCCCAAAGUAAGACAGUCAACUCUCUCUUGUCCCCUGCUCCCAAAGUAAGACAGUUAACUCUCUCUUGUCCCCUGCUCCCAAAGUAAGACAGUUAACUCUCUCUUGUCCCCUGCUCCCAAAGUAAGACAGUUAACUCUCUCUUGUCCCCUGCUCCCAAAGUAAGACAGUUAACUCUCUCUUGUCCCCUGCUCCCAAAGUAAGACAGUUAACUCUCUCUUGUCCCCUGCUCCCAAAGUAAGACAGUUAACUCUCUCUUGUCCCCUGCUCCCAAAGUAAGACAGUCAACUCUCUCUUGUCCCCUGCAGAGGCACAGUGGUGAAGGCCAGAGAUAAGUUCCGCCACCCUGGAUGUUUUGUGUGCUCCGACUGCAAAGUCAACCUGAAGCAGAGGGGCUACUUCUUUGUGGAGGGGCAGCUGUACUGCGAGACCCAUGCCCGCGCCCGGACGAUACCUCCAGAGGGACAUGAUGUCAUCACCGUUUACCCCACGGCUUGAGACCCGUGGACCGGGACAUGCACAGACCUGUCCAACUGGAGCAAGAACUGAACUGUCCCCAUCUCAUACAGAAUAUUUCAGGACAAAAUACAUUAUAUAUGGUUCCACAAGCUGCACAGUGGAUAAGUCAUACUUAACAGAUGUGGAUAAGUCGUUUAUAAACUUAACAGAUGAACAGAUCAUAUCAAUACCUGUGGACAUUAUGAUGCAAUUGGGAAUUUGCUUAUCACUGCCAAAAAUGCAACCAUUUAUCUUUUUAAAAAGGAAUAGGUUUGUUAUGCCUUGUGAAUACCAACUGUGCCUUGUGAUUUAAAGGUUUUCUGAAUAUGUUACCAUUGGUAAUAAAAAAAUAAUACAAAUGUAUUAUCUUAUUUGUG